GCCGCUCGGCAGCGCUUCGACCUCCCGGCAGACGCUUACGUCCUGCUCUUCGCGGCCAAUGGCAUGAAAAGCAAUAUCUACAAGGACUAUCCGACAAUCCGGGAGGCGCUGCGACAGCUUACCCGCACAGUGCCGGACCGACAGGUAGUCCUCCUCGCUCUCGGCGACGAAGCCGGCGAUCCGGAGGCGGACGGUGUCGACAUCCGCUUUCUCGGGCUGACGAACCGCCAGGAUGUCGUCCGCGACGCCUACAAGGCCGCCGACCUCUAUCUUCACGCGGCGCGAUCCGACAACUUCCCGACGACCAUCCUGGAAGCCCUUGCCGCCGGACGACCGGUCGUCGCCACCGCGGUCGGGGGCAUUCCCGAACAGAUUAGGAGCCUCGCCCUUCCCGGCAGCGACACGACUCAAUCGACCGUGACCGCUUCGACAUCGCAGUUCAGACACGCGCCUAUCUCGACUGGUACGAUGAACUGGUCGAACGGAUUCCAUGUGAACAGCAAUGAGCCCAAUACUAUCAUGACGGCUGAAGCACACUACGAUGCCGACUACUUCAACUGGCAGAAGAAUGUCGGAGCUUUUGGCGGCAUUGCGAAUCUGAUAAAAUUUGAAGAAUUCAUCAGGUCCGAUGAUCGCCUUGUCGACUUCGGAUGCGGCGGCGGCUUUCUGCUGGCAAACAUCCGUUGUGAAGAAAAGGUCGGCGUUGAAAUCAAUCCGACAGCGCGCGAGGCUGCGCAGAAGCAUGGGCUGAAAGUGGUGUCCACGCUCUCGGACCUGCCGGAUAACUGGGCCUCGCUGGUCAUAUCCAACCACGCGCUGGAACACGUCGAACACCCUUUCGAUGUUGCACGUGAGAUGCUGCGCGUGCUCGAGCCGGGCGGGCGUGCCGUGAUCGUGAUCCCCUGCGACCGCUACGACAUCGCUUACGACCCGACCGACAUCAACCAGCACCUCUACUCAUGGAGCCCGAUGAACCUCGGGAAUCUCUUCAAGCACGCCGGCUUCAACAUCGAAUCUUGCGAACUGUUCUUACACACUUGGCCACGGCGCUACGAAGCGAUCGUGCGCCGCUUCGGCUGGCGCGUGUUCCAUGUCCUAGCCCGGUGGCAAGGCCGCCGCGAGAGCCGCUGGAAGCAAGUUCGUCUUGUUGCCCACAAGCCAGCUCCUGUCGCGGAGCUUUCCUGCCAAUAG